AUGGCGGCAGGAAUCCUUAUUUGGGGGAUCUUGCUGUCCAUCUCCAGCUGCCUUGCGGUCUAUGAGGACCUUCGCGAGUGUUUCCAGGACCCCGAUUAUGAGGCCUUCCUUCUCAUAGCCCAGAAUGGGCUCCAUACCUCCCUGCUGCACAAGAAUGUGGUGGUGGUAGGAGCUGGGAUGGCAGGCCUAGUGGCAGCGAAGACCCUACAGGAUGCUGGGCAUAUGGUGACCAUCCUGGAAGCCAGUAACAGCAUCGGAGGCCGGGUGGCCACACUCAGAGACAAGAAGGAAGGCUGGUACUUUGAGCUAGGACCAAUGCGAAUCCCAGAAAGCCAUAAGCUAACCCACACCUAUGUCAAGAAACUUGGCCUGAAGCUGAAUAAGUUCAUCCAGUAUAACAACAACACCUGGUACCUACUUAAUGGACGACGUCAUCGUGCGUGGGAAGUCAAAGCUAACCCAGACAUCUUGGGCUACCCCACGAGGCCCACAGAGAAGAACAAAACAGCCGAACACCUCUUCUACCAAGCCAUUGCUAAGAGCACACAACGCAUGAAGACAUUCAACUGCAGCCAGCUGAUGUCCCUUUAUGAGUCUUACUCCACCAAGGCUUUCCUGGUGAAAGAAGAAAUGCUAAGCAAAGGAGCCGUCCAGAUGAUUGAAGAUGUGAUGAGUGAGAUUUCUGGAUACUAUGAUUCUUUCCUGGAGUCCCUGAGGAGUGCUAGCAUCUUCUCCAAAACCGAAGAAUUUUCAGAAAUCACCGGUGGCUUUGACCAACUCCCCAAUGGCCUCGGCGCCAGCCUGAAGCCUGGCACCAUCCGCCUGAAGUCCAGAGUAGAAACAGUGGUGAGAGACGGGCCUAAGGUUGAGGUUUUGUACAGGACGAAUGGGCCUGUCUCUGCGCUGCACAGAGUCACUGCUGACUACGCCAUCAUCUCAGCCUCGGCCAAGGCCACACGCCUCAUCACCUUCCAGCCACCCUUGUCCCCAGACAAAAUGCAUGCCCUGCGCUCCGUGCAUUACAGUAGUGCCACCAAGGUGGCUUUUGUGUGCAAAAAACCCUUCUGGGAACAGGAAGGUAUACGGGGAGGUGUCUCCAUCACAGACCGGCCCUCCCGCUACAUCUACUAUCCCAGCCACAGCUUGCCAGGUGGCAAGGGUGUCCUGCUGGCCUCUUAUACUGUGGGUGAUGAUUCCAUCUUCUUUACCUCCCUGAACCGCGACCAGGUGGUGUCUAUUGUCCUGGAUGACCUGGCCACAGUGCACCACAUAUCCAAGGAUGAGCUAAGAGACAUGUGCCCAAAAUCAGUGGUCAAGCACUGGUCUCAGAACUCCCUCACCGUUGGUGCCUUUUCUGAGUUCAAAUCCUAUCAAUUUGAGGACUAUUCAAAGCAGCUUUUCCAGCCAGAGGACCGCAUCCACUUCGCGGGUGAGCACACUCACAUGCCCCAUGCCUGGGUGGACACUGCCAUCAAGUCUGGCAUCCAGGCUGCCAGAAAUAUUCAGGCUGCGGUGGACAAGGAGACCACUCAGGAACACAUGGCUCUGUAGAUACCAACAAUCAGGAUGGUUAGGUUUUUCCCCACAAGAACAAUCUGUGGGAGACUCUGACAGAGUAGGCCAGAAGUUCAAAGGAGGUAGACACCCAAAAGAGAGGUCACUACUGGUCCCUUGGUCUCCAAGCAGGAAUCCAGCUGGGAAGACAUCACUCCCUUUCCUGUCUCACUCCCUGCCUAGCUCUAACAGCAGAGAUGGGGUAUAAGGAGGCAGGGGUAGGAGUCAAGGCUGGAGAAUCCUAGAAUCAACCUUCAGCUUGAAGGAAAUUGUCUCCUGCUGCAAAACAAUA